CCCCCUCCCUGGCGCAGGUAUUUGAAAGUGCCACACACUCGUCCUCACGCACGCACGCCCGCAUGCACGCAUGCAUACACGCAUAUGCCUUGAUGGAGAUUGACAGUCUGGUGGCCAACAGGGCUCUCGUCAGGGCCAGAGAAGGAGGCGGGACCAAAGGCCGAAGCUGGAAAUGGCAGGAGAUGCUUCGCUUCCCGCACAUCAGUCGAUGCAGCAACCUGGCCGCCAGCAUAGUGCGGGACUUCUGGGACAUAUGUGUGGUGCAGCCCAUCGGACGAAAACUCUUUGACCAGUUCUGUCACAGCCGAGGUGAACUACAAAAGUACGGGGAGCUGCGUCAGGCUCUGGACCAAUUCAAGUUGAAGCGGGAUGAAGAGAGACGAGCAUUUGGACUUGACAUCAUUCAAGAGUUCUUCACUAUUCAUACGGCCCGCUUUGUCGCCGAGGUGUCCAAACACAAGCGAAGCUGCAUGUGGUGUCUGGAUCACGAACCCUCCAGCGACGUCUUUGCGGGCUGCACCGACGAUCUUCACGCCUUCCUCAGCCAAGAACCUUUUGAGCAGUUUCAGCACAGCAUGUACUUUGACCGCUUCGUCCAGUGGAAGAUGCUCGAAAGGCGCCCGGUCACCAAGAACGACUUCCGCCAAUACAGAGUGUUGGGCAAAGGAGGCUUCGGGGAGGUGUGGGCGUGUAAGGUGCGGGCCACGGGGAUGAUGUACGCCUGCAAGAAGCUGGAGAAGACGCACGUGAAGAAGCGGCGAGGCGAGGCCAUGGCGCUCAACGAGAAGGAGAUCCUGGAGAGCGUCAACAGUCGCUUUGUGGUGAACCUGGCGUACGCCUACGAGACCAAACACGACCUGUGCUUGGUUCUCACCAUGAUGAGCGGCGGCGACCUCAACUUUCACAUCUACAACAUGGGCCCGCCCGGACUGGACGCCGAGCGAGUGCGAUUGUACGCCGCCGAGAUUUGUUGCGGCCUCGUGCACCUCCACCGCAAGUCCAUCAUUUACAGGGACCUGAAGCCCGAAAACAUCUUGUUGGACGAACACGGGCACAUCAGGAUCUCCGACCUGGGCCUGGCCGUUCGGGUGUCGGAAGGCGGAGCGGUGCAGGGCCGCGUGGGCACGCUGGGGUACAUGGCCCCAGAGGUGAUCCGCCACGAGUAUUACGGCGCCAGUGCCGACUGGUGGGGUCUGGGCUGCCUCAUCUACGAGAUGACGGCGGGCCGCCCCGUCCUCAGGAUGAAGGGCGAGCACCCCAAAAAGGCCGAGAUGGAGAAAAGGAUCCAGACCGAGCGGGAGGAGUACGGCGAGCGCUUUGGGCCGCACGCCAGAGACAUCUGCUCGCAGCUGCUGGUCAAAGACCCCAACAGGAGGCUGGGCUGCCAGGCGUCAGGAGGCCGAGACGUUCAGACGCAUCCUUUCUUCCGGGAAAUCAACUUCCGCAUGCUGGAGGCGGGGCUAGUGGAGGCUUCCUUUAAGCCCGAUCCCCGGCUGGUUUACUGCAGCGACGUGCAGGACAUCGAGGAGUUUGCCACGGUGAGGGGCAUCACCAUCAACCAGGACGACAACAACUUCUACGCCAGAUUCGGCACGGGAAGCGUUCCCAUCACCUGGCAGAACGAGCUCAUCGAGACGGGCUGUUUCGACGACCUUAACGUUUUUGGACCCAACGGUUCCCGACCUCAAGACUUGGAGUGGACGCAAGCGCCUGAAAGUCCAAAGAACGGCCUGUUCAACAAGAUCUUCCGCAAAUGACACCCCCCAGAGGUGACAGAGGAGGCACGCCGCAGCCCCACACCCAACAACUACAUCACGUCGGGAAUGGUGUCUGCUCCUAACUGAAGGCUUUCAAACGGACGCGCCGCCGCCGCUUGCCGCACUGCUUUGUAAAUGGACUAGACAGCGAAGGCCGAGGGAUUUUGUUUCCGUCUGCGGUUCUUUGUCCCACAUUGCUUCUAUUAAUGGUUGAAAACUUCAUUUCAAGCUCAUCUCCCGCAUUUAGCCUGGCCAAUAAACGAUUUGAUUUCAAAGUGC